AUGGCACCAUGGUGGAUUUUACUUGCUGGUGUUUACCUGAUCAGCCUGCAGGUGUCCGCUCAGCGCCACAGGAAAGCUCUGUAUCCGGCUGCAUAUAGGAUGAAGCGUGGAGCGUAUUCACUCAUCAACCCCACAUUCCAGCGCUCGGAGGAGGAUGCCGGUUUGCUUUUUGAGAUUCUGCUGGCUGGAAUGCAGAUCCGAGGCGAGGACCACACCCUGCUCAUCCCAGACGAGGAGCUGGCGUCUUUAAGGAGCGUUAAAACACUGGAAGUCAUCUGUGAGGACGUUCUGCCCAAGAAACUCUCUGAUAUCCGCCGUCUGACGGCUGACCUCGCCCAGCGGCGGCGACCUCUCAGCUGGCAGGACUUCGAGAGAACCGUGCUGACUCUGGUUUACACCUCGCAGACCCUGGCCCAGAUCACCGACCAGAACCAGAGGGAGCUCUGGACCGACUCUUUGGUGCAGCUGUUUCGAGCUGUUCAAAAAGACCUCAACCCCUCCUUAGAAACAGUUUAA